UUUCAUGAUUCAUUUCGAUUCAAUCGCUUGAUCGGUUUGCAAUUCUCUUUGAGUUUCUUUUUUGUUUCCUUACUUAUUUACACCUUUUACCUUUUAAUUUAUUUAUUUUUCAUUGAUAUUGUGAUAUUUCCGGCUACAAAAUCAGUGUGAAAAAUCUCUCUUCGGGUGAUAAAGAAAAUUUAACGAAAAGAGAAACCUUUAGAAAAAAUUCCAUUUUAUUGGCGAGUGUUUUGGACACUUUUAUUUGGUUGUCAUAGUGAUAUGCUUUUACAUUUGAAAGCAUACUGCAAACACGGAUCCUUUUAAAAAUACGUGUGUAAACAAAACAGGAAAAAGAAGAAAAAUUAUCUACGUUCUCUCUAUUCGAGCUAUAACCCCUUAGUGUCUCUUGUGUCAUCGUUGCGUGUAACCAAAAUAAGCAAACGGCUAAGGUUUGAAAACUUUUACGUUGGAAACGAAGGAAAAAAACACAAACAAGGCAACUCAUUAAGGAUUUAAUCAAAUUCCACUUAAUUGGUUUAGAGAACUUCAAUCCUUUGUCUAUCGUAAUAAACUUAUUGCAUCUAAAAUGAGUUCUCAAGGUAGCAGACUCGAGCAAAUCCAGAUGCGCUAUCAACAAAAGCAGAUGAGUGGCAAUGACCAAAAGAAAAGUGAUACGUUUAGCGAAACACAAAAAUUGCUGACGUCAAGUUUGGGUGCGGGAAAAGUCCGAGCAAUGUUUGACGAGCGUCGCCAUCGAAUAAACGCUGGAAUUGAUAAAAGUUAUCUAUUGGAUCCCAUAACAGUUGAAUCAAAAUCGACAGCAACGAAAGGUGUCAUAGCUCCUGCAAAAUCCGUUCGUCUUGAUCAUAAAAUGUCAAACUACUCCAAAGUAAUCGUACCACCAUUGCAAAAUCGAUAUAAAAGCCCAGAUGUUACUAGCAAUAACAAUACGAGUGCUACACGGGAUGAGCAAUUAGAUAAAUCACGUAAUUUAAAAAAGGUUUCUGCAAUAGCAAAGCCUAAUUCAAGAGUUGGGAGUUCCAGUAAAGUUGCACCAGUUAAUUCCACACCUUCAGCAUUAAAGAAUUUAACAAAUCAAAGAAGUCCAACAAGAUCAACUAAAAGCGGAAGUAGCAUAGUCGGAUCUGGAAACACCGCUCGUGCUAGUCCAAAAGCAACAAUGGGAGUUUCUAGUCGUAGCGUAACCCCAAAACAGAGAACAUCAGCAUUGUCUUUGAAAAAUGAGAAUUCACCUCGAAAUAGCUUCGAUGAUGAUGAUGACGACGAUGAUGCACCAGUUCCAGAGGGUCUUGUUAAAUGCGGAAUAUGCAAAAGAAACUUUGCUGAAGAUCGCAUUGAAAAGCAUCAAGUGAUUUGCCAAAAAACUAAAACCAAAAAGCGAAAAAUAUUUGAUGCAUCAAAAAAAAGAGUUCAGGGAACUGAAGCUGAAAGUUAUUUGAGAAAACCUACUCAUGUUCAACGUUCAAAUAAAGUGACAACGCCAACAUCUGCAUCUUCAAAAGCUAGUAAUUGGCGAUCAAAGCAUGAAGAUUUUAUUAAGACUAUUCGUGCAGCUAAAGAAAUGAAAGCUUUUUUGGCAAAAGGAGGAAAGCUCUCUGAUUUACCACCACCACCCCCCAGUGAAAAUCCUGAUUAUGUUCAGUGUCCACACUGCUCUCGACGAUUUAAUGAAGCAGCUGCUAAUCGUCACAUUCCAAUUUGUCAAAAUAUGCAACAUAAUAAACCGAAGCCAAAACCAAGUGCUGGAAAACUGACGAACUCUACCAAACGUCGCUAAUUGCUAUAUCUUUGAUAAGAUUCAUGUUGACAAUUUAAAUUUGCCGCAGUUUAUAUUAUUAUCACUGUUUGAGAAGAAUUUACUGUGUUGUGCAAAAAUCUACUUUCAUAUGUAAUUUAAAGUGAAAUUUCUGAAUAAAAGUAAAAACAUUUUUAUCAUUUAAACAACGUAACCAAAUUAAAAUAGGAAUAUUUGUGAUCAUUCUUUGAAAUGUAUGUAAUAAUUUAUUAAUUUGAUAAAAUAAAAUUUUUAAAGGAACAUUAAAAAGCUAUA